AUGAAGCUUGAAGAGGAAGAGGAAGACAGCGCCUCCUCUGAUGAGGAGGUGGCACCUCAAAUUACGGCGACGGCGCAGCGGCGUGCGCAAAAUGUCAUGUUUUCUACCCUCCUCGCUCAGCAUGUGCUGAGCGAUUUGGUUCAACCAGAAGAACGACCCCGAACCAUCUCAGAUGCUGAGCUUUCCACGGCACGGUUACUGGCAAAGCAAGGCGGAGGCGCGGCUCUCGAUCCCCGCGAGUACCAAAUUGAGCUCUUUGAAAGAGCAAAAGCUCAAAAUACAAUCGCUGUUCUGGAUACUGGCUCGGGCAAAACGCUCAUUGCGGUGCUUUUAUUAAAGCACAUUAUCCAAAAUGAACUUAUGGGCCGUGGGAAUGGGGCUCAGCACCGAGUCUCUUUCUUUCUCGUUGAUAGCGUCACUCUGGUAUUCCAACAAUCGGCCGUCCUCCGCAACAACAUUGACCAGAAAGUUGCUCACUUCUUUGGUGAUUUGGGGGCUGAUUUGUGGGACAAGGUGACCUGGAAAAAAUACCUCGAGACCUAUAUGGUCAUAGUGUGCACUGCGGAGAUUCUCAAUCAGGCUCUACUGAAUGGGCACAUCAGGAUGGACCAGAUCAAUCUUUUGAUCUUUGACGAAGCACAUCAUGCCAAGAAGGAACAUCCCUACGCCAGGAUUAUCCGCGAAGCAUACUUGAGUAUGGAAGUCGAAAAACGCCCACGAAUACUCGGAAUGACAGCCUCACCAGUGGAUGCCAAAUGUGACAUAGCAGAGGCAGCAACAAAACUCGAGACGCUUUUGGACAGCCGAAUCGCAACCACUGCAGAUCUCUCCCUCCUGCGACACUUCGUGAGCCGACCAAAGGAGGAGGAAUGGGUUUACCAAGUACUUCAUUCGCCCUCUGAAACUGAACUACAUGGCGCACUCAAAGUUAAGUUCGGGCACCUUUCAAUUCUGGGAAACCUUUUCCAAUUUGCAUUGCAUGCAAGCUCGGAGCUUGGAGGGUGGUGUGCAGACAAGGUAUGGCCUCUGGCGCUGGCAACGGAAAUGCUUCCCAAGCUUGAGGGCCAAAUCGCAAAGAACGCCGAUGUCAACUUUGAAACAUCAAAUCAGGCAUCCAAAGAGAUCAAAGAGAUUCAAGAUGCCAAUGAGUUUGUCAAGGCCUACAUGGCAAAUCAAUCCAGUGAACCUGGAGACCUCAGCUCGAAAGUUCAACUACUAGUGAAGAAGUUGGAAGAGCAAUUUAAACGGGCACCCGAGACAAAGUGCAUUGUGUUCGUGCAGCGACGCAACACGGCCAAGAUCUUGUUACAGCUGUGUAAAAGGUUGCAAAUUCCAAACCUUCGUCCUGACGUCCUGGUCGGAGUUCGAAAGGAAGAUACCGUGGGCAUGAACUCUACUUUCCGUAUCCAAUUCCUGACUUUGAUCAAAUUCCGACAAGGAGGGUUGAAUUGCUUGUUUGCAACCUCAGUCGCUGAAGAAGGCCUCGAUAUCCCGGACUGCAAUCUAGUCGUGAGAUUUGAUCUCUACAAUACAGUCAUCCAAUAUGUCCAAAGCCGUGGACGGGCAAGACACAGUGAUUCAAUCUACGCAACCAUGAUCGAAGCUGGGAACGAGAGUCAUGAGCGCAGGCAGCAAGAAGUUCGAAAGGCGGAGGCUCUCAUGAGAAAAUUUUGCAAUGUGCUUCCAAAAGAUCGGUUGUUAAAGGGAACCGAACAUGAUCUGGACGAGGUCCUCCGAGAAGCGCAUCUCAACAGAACCUACACCAUCCAUGAAACGGGUGCUAAAUUGACAUAUCGCCAUGCAAUCGAUGUUCUGGGUCGAUUUGCCAGCUCAUUGCAAUAUGAGAAAGAGCUAUCAGCCCAGGCCACUUAUAUCGUUGCAGCGCAGAAUGAAAAGUUCAGCUGCGAGGUGAUCCUUCCGGAGAAAUCCCCAAUUCGAGGAGUGUUAGGGAAUCCCGAGAGCAAGAAAUCACUGGCUAAGCAGGCGGCUGCCUUUGACCUUUGUUUGCUGCUUCGAAGGAAUCACUUGUUGGAUGAUCACUUCAACUCUGUCUACCACAAGCGUCUACCGGCUAUGCGAAAUGCCAAGUUGGCCCUCACGGCCAAGAAGACCUAUAAGUAUGCCAUGCGUACCAAGCCAUCGGUCUGGACCAGAAAUCAAGGCACAAUCCCAAAAUGUCUUUUCGCAACAUUUAUUAGCAUUGCAUCCUCUACGCCGCUCACUCGAGACCAUGGAAGCAUUGUGUUGUUGACCCGGGAGAGACUUCCAUUUAUGCCGGCAUUUCCAGUUUUUUUGGAAUUUGAUAUUGAGACCACAGUAAACUUGACAGGCACUGAAGGCUUACUAAAUGUUUCCCCCGCGGAAGUAGAUCUCUUAACUGUGUUUACUCUUUCAGUCUUCCAUGAUUUGUUUCACAAGACCUAUACUCGUGAGCCAGAGCGGUUUCCUUACUGGAUAGCGCCGGCUCAAGAGAAAAUCCGACCAACAAAUUCUUUAAGUAUCUCUGAUAUUAUUGACUGGGGGGCUCUGAAGUACGCCAGCGACAAUCAAAAUCGCCUGUGGUCCCCGGACAUGAAGCCGGAAUCUCUUUUGAGUCGGUUCAUAUACGACAACUGGAAUGGAAAGUAUCGGUACCUUCCAAUUUCUAUUGAUCAAACACUCUCACCUACAGAUCCAGUACCCUCAUAUGUCCCAGGUCGAAAGUGGAUGAAAGACAUCAUGAAUUGGACUUUGAGUUUGAGCAAGAACUCACGCCCCAAGUUCUUUGAACAAUGCAUCUGGGACCAGCCUGUCUUACAGGCAGAGACCGUUUGUCUCCGGAGAAACUUCCUAGAAAAGGCAAGCGAGGAAGAGAGAUCCGUCAACGUAGAGGCCGUUAUUUGUCCUCAGCCAUUGCGCAUUUCUGCGAUUCCAUUGCCUGUGGCCACAACUUGUCUCAUAUUUCCAGCAAUUAUUAGCCGGAUUGAGUCUUGCUUGAUUGUCCAAGAAGGAUGCCAGAUGCUAGGUCUUGAUAUCAAGUCUGAGUAUGCAUUGGAAGCUUUCACCAAGGAUUCUGACAAUACAGAAGAACACCGAGGUCUACAGAUUCACAUCCAGCGAGGAAUGGGAAAGAAUUACGAACGUCUUGAGUUGCUGGGCGAUUCAGUUCUCAAGAUGGCCACGUCGAUUUCGCUUUUCGCUCAAAAUCCCGAUGACAAUGAAUACGACUAUCACGUCAACAGAAUGUGUCUUAUCUGCAACAAGAAUUUGUUCGCCACUGCAACCCAAAAGAAGGUUUAUGAAUGGAUUCGUAGUCGUGGUUUCUCUCGACACAUGUGGUACCCACCAGGCCUUGUUCUUGAAUAUGGCCGAGACCACGCCAAGUUCAUUGAAAGCGAAGGAAGGCAUGUGCUGUCUGAGAAGACCAUGGCAGAUGUCUGCGAGGCAUUGAUAGGUGCCUCUUUGCUUUCAGGGGGCAGCGAUAAUCGUUUCGACAUGUCUAUCAAGGCCGUCACAUUAUUUGCUAAUCACUCGAGCCACACGGCGAUGAGGUGGGAGGACUACAUCAAAUCCUACAAACUUCCAUCAUAUCAGAUCUCCAGGCCAGAUGCAGUUGAUCUUGACCUCGCCCGGCAGAUCGAGAGGCUGGGUUACAACUUCAAAUACCCCCGUCUUCUACGGUCUGCCUUCAUGCACCCGUCUGUUCCGUCGUCAUGGGCACAGGUUCCUUGUUACCAACGACUCGAGUUCUUGGGCGAUGCACUGUUCGAUUUGGUGUGCGUGGAACACUUGUUCCAUCGCUUUCCAACCCGUGAUCCGCAAUGGUUGACUGAGCACAAGAUGGCAAUGGUUUCGAACAAGUUCCUCGGAGCCUUGGCUGUGAAGUUGAAUCUUCAUCCAUCCCUUCAACACGCUAGUGCACCUUUGCUCUCUCAAACCACCAGAUAUGCGGAUGCCCUUCAAAUUGCAGAGAGCGAGAGUAACGGAGAAAUGGAUUAUUGGGUCUCGGCGCCAGAUUCUCCGAAGGCUCUCCCCGAUAUGGUCGAAGCCUAUGUUGGGGCUAUCUUCGUUGAUUCAGGAUUUGACUUGACAGUGGUUGAGAAAUUCUUUGAAAUGCACGUCCUGCCUUUCUUCAGCGAUAUGUCGAUCUAUGAUACAUUUGCAAACAGGCACCCGACGACCUACCUACAUGCUAUGAUUGGGCAGGAAUUCCGAUGCAAUAGCUAUUGCUUGAAGUCUGGAGAGAUUCCAGGCGUAGAUGGAGAGCCUCCUACCAUUCUUGCCAUAGUCAUGGUGCACGGUGAGGCUGUUGCGAAAGCUGCUGCAACAUCCAGUCGAUAUGCGAAAAUCAAAGCCAGCUCGAAGGCCUUGGAGGCUCUUGAGGCCAUGACGCGAAUUGAAUUCCGGGCCAAGUACGAAUGUGAUUGCAAGGAUGAUGAGGAGAUAGUCCAAGCUGUGGAUAUCGGGACUGCUGUAUGA